AUGCUCGCCACGUUAUUAUCACAUCCUGCGCACAGCGCACACACUUCUAUUUAUACUGCGGGUGGUAUCGUGAUGUGUUGUCAUCGUGCGACUUCUUUGUGCUUCCGCUCGCCCGGGAGGCCAUUCAUUCAGUCUCAUUCAAUACACUACCAACUGCGGCGGGCGUUGUGUAUUGCUUCACCACCUAAUCGCCAUGGGCUCCCUCGCCGCCGCCGACGAGCCGCUGCCUCCUCUCCGGUACCCCCCGGCCCGCCGCGACGGCGACAUUGUCGACGACUACCACGGCGUUCUUGUGCCGGACCCCUACAGAUGGAUGGAGGAGCUGGAAUCCGAGGAGGUGAAGGAGUACGCCUGCGCGGGCAGCUCACGGCGCUGCUCGACCACCCGCGCUACCGCGCCCCCUUCAAGCGCGCCCGCACCUACUUCUACUUCCACAACCCCGGCCUCCUCCCCCACAGCGCCCUCUACGUCCAGCAUGGGCUGGGCGGCGAGCCGAGCGUGCUGCUGGACCCGAGCGAGCUCAGCGACGACGCCACGGUGUCUCUCUCCAUGAUCGGCGUCAGCGACGACGGCGAGCACCUGGCCUACGGCACCAGCGCCAGCGGCAGCGACUGGGUCACCAUCAGCCUCAUGCGCGUGCGCGACAAGCACCGCCUCCCCGACACCCUGUCCUGGGUCAAGUUCUCGCGCAUCGCCUGGACAAGCGACGGCAAGGGCUUCUUCUACUCGCGGUUCCCGGCUCCAAAGGACGACGAUGGCGCGCCGGAGUCGGGGAUCAGGACCGACGUUAAUCUCAACCACGAGGUCUACUACCAUUUCCUUGGAACUGACCAGUCCGACGAUGUCAUGUGCUGGAGAGACCCCGAGCAUCCCAAGUACAUAUACACCCCUGAGGUUACAGAGGAUGGCAAGUACGUGCUCCUGUCAGUUUCAGAGAGUUCAGAGCCGGUCAACAAGUUGUACUACUGCGACCUCUCAGCUCUUUCAGGCAUGAACGCAAAAGGAACCCACGAAAUGCUUCCCUUUGUGAAGCUUGUGGACAAAUUCGAGGCCUUCUACGGAGUCGUCGCCAACGACGGCACCCGAUUCACAUUCCUCACAAACAAAGACGCUCCGAGGUGCAAACUGUCGCGGGUCGACGUCGAUGAUCCGCAGUCCUGGACCGAUGUUCUGCCUGAAGACGACAGGGCUGUCCUAGAGUCGGCGUGUGCUGUCCAUGGCGACAAGGUUCUGGUGAACUACUUGUCAGAUGUCAAGUACGUGCUGCAGAUGAGGAGCCUGGCCACCGGAGAGCUGCUCCACGGCAUACCCAUCGACAUAGGCAGCGUCAACGGGAUUACCGGUAGGCGUGGCGAUUCCGAGGUGUUCAUCGAGUUCUCGAGCUUCCUCACUCCGGGAAUCGUCUACAGGUGUGAUCUGAGCUCCGGGAGCCCUGAGAUGAGCAUAUACAGAGAUAUUAACGUCCCUGGGUUCGACCGCACCGACUUCGAAGCGAAGCAGGUGUUUUACCCGAGCAAGGACGGGACCAAGAUCCCGAUGUUCGUCGUGUCGAGGAAGAAGAUCGUCCUCGACGGGUCGCACCCGGCCCUGCUCUUCGGCUACGGCGGGUUCGGCAUGAGCAUGACGCCGCAAUUCAGCGCGGCCCGCGUCGUCCUCAUGAGGAACCUAGGGUUCGUGACGUGCAUCGCCAACAUCAGGGGCGGCGGCGAGUACGGCGAGGGCUGGCACAAGGCCGGCUCGCUCGCGAACAAGCAGAAUUGCUUCGACGACUUCGUCGCCGCCGGCGAGUUCCUCGUGUCCGCCGGGUACACGAGCCCGAGCCGCCUGUGCAUCGAAGGCGGGAGCAACGGCGGCCUCCUGGUCGCCGCAUGCAUCAACCAGCGCCCUGGUCUCUUCGGCUGUGCUCUGGCUCACGUGGGUGUCAUGGACAUGCUUCGGUUCCACAAGUUCACCAUAGGUCGUGCAUGGGCUUGUGAUUUCGGCUGCUCGGAGAAGGAGGAGGAAUUCCACUGGCUUAUCAAGUACUCCCCUCUGCACAACGUGAGGCGGCCGUGGGAGAAGGGCGCCGGCGGCGACCAGCACCGCCGCCAGUACCCUCCCACCAUGCUGCUGACGGCGGACCACGACGACCGCGUCGUGCCGUCGCACACCCUCAAGUUCCUCGCGACGAUGCAGCACGUCCUGUGCACGAGCGUGGAGCACGGCCCCCAGACCAACCCCAUCGUCGCCCGGAUCGACCGCAAGAGCGGACACGGCUGCGGCCGCUCCACGCAGAAGAUCAUCGAUGAGGCUGCGGAUCGUUACGCGUUCGCGGCGAAGAUGAUGGGGGUCUCUUGGAUCGAUUGA